UGGAUUUCCACUGUACAUUAUCUGGUCGAGUUAUAGCCGUUCCCUUCCAGUUCUUUUCUACUACUCUCUUCUCUUCUCUUCUUGAAUCUGAUGUUUGAAGAUAGUUAUGGUUUUAUGUUGGGCCACACAGUGGGGGAACGCCUUCUCACGCGCUUCGAUUACGCUCGGACUGUCCGCACUUAGUCUUUUUCGGCCAGUCAUUUCAUUAUCUGGCUGCAUGGCCAAGGAUCUACACAUCCUUUUUCUCUUCCAAAAAGGGUUCAGUGGGGGCGGCGUUGAUGCGUACCUAGGCAUGGGCUUUUUUUUUCCCUCUUUUUUUUUCUCUUCUGGGAUUCAAAAUUCAAAAGAGGGGGCGCGCGCGGUGGGGGGCACAUUUGUGUACCGUUGCUUGAGUGUCAAGUGUUGGCGCUCGCGACUUUUAAAGCUCUACUUUGCUUUUCUCAUUCUAUUGUUGUUUUUGGAUGGAUGGAUGGAUGGGGCAUGGAACGAACGACCGAACGAAUCGAACGACAAAAAGGAUUCGGGUUCCCCCGUUGUUGUGUUGAUCUUGGUCAAUGGCCCGCCCGUCCGCCUGCCGGGCGGAAGGGGGGGUUACACACUACUUGAAGAAGGAUUAUUAUACUGCUGUGUGAAACGCUUGCAAAACUCCUCUCGAAAGCGGGACAAUAUGCGAAUGGAAUAAAUUAAAAAAGAUACCUCGAUUAAUUUCCAAAAACAACAACAAGAACGGCU